AGUAGCCCUGGAAGAAAACGUCUUCGAGAGUCGCGACCUCCCCCCACGUGUGCGCCACACUCUCAUGGUUGUAGUGAUGCAGACAAACAUGGGAGAGAUGGAGAAUACCACCGUGCGACCCAAAGUUACCGAUGCUAAAGGCAUUCUCAAACAGAACCGACAGUUCCUGGAUUAUUUCUGGGACAUCGCGAAACCCGAGCGAGACAUCCGCCUCAAAGCGAUAGAGGAUUUGAUUGAACACCUGAAGCAGAGCGAGAAGGAAGAUGAGUUGAAGUAUUCACUGAAGAGACUAGUGGAUGGUCUUUCUCACACAAGAGAAGACUCUCGAUCAGGAUACAGUGUGGCUCUCGCUCAGCUGCUGAGUGUAUUUGAGGAGAUCUCACUGAAAUCCACACUAGACAGCAUCAAGGAAAAGCACAACCUUCAGACAGCCAAAAAGGUGAGUUUUUUUAUGUCCAUAUUUUAUCAUCUUUAUCAUCAAUCUGUCAUAAUCAUGAUCAUUGUUCUUAUCUUUUAUCGUGCUUCGAUUCUUUUAACAGAAAUUAAUCAGAAUGUAGCUUUUGGGAAUUUCUUCGGGGUGCUCUCCCUGUCUCAGUCCACACGUCUGCAUAAGGAGCCGCAGGUCAUGCUGGAGUGUAUCCAGCUCCUACAGAGUCUGUCCCAGUACAGAGAACACCUGAAAGACCUGCCCAGAAAAACCAUGGUUGACAUCCUGUCAGAGACAUCGACAGAUGUGUUUGAAGAGGUGCUUUUCAGCGCCCUGAAGUCAGACCUGACCUCCGCCCUCAACACCCCCGAGCAGCUGGAGCUCCUCCUAGUGGCCCUACAGAAGUUUCCCUCGGUCCUCAAACCCAAAAAACUGAAGAAAUUAUUGGGAACCACAACAGUCAUUACUAAAGAGAACAUGCCGAAGUUAGUGGAUGUUUUAAAGAUGGCCGCUCGCUCUGUGAAGAAGGAGAACAUUCUGCCCCCAGUCGCGUUGGACUUGCUGCAGGCGUCUCUGCGAGAGGAGAACUUCGAGAUGUUCUGGACUGAAGCCAUCAUCAAAGGCAUGAUGUCAGAGAUGCCUGGACCCACUCAUUAUUUGAGUUUCCGGUUGCUGGGAGCUUCUUUGCCGCUGCUGUCAGUCCCUCAGCUUGAGUUUGUGCUGUCCGGUGAUGUGAUGAGACAUUACGGUGAACACAUGCUGUCUGCACAGUCGCCAGACCGAUUCAGGUUUGCUCCGGAAAUGGAGAAGAUGGUGAGCGAGUUCAUGCAGGGCUGCUCUGACGCUGACAAACAGCUCACCGUUGUGCUCAGCUUCACCCAGCUCACUAACCAGGGCUACCCUGUGGUCCCGUCCUACUGGAGGGUUCUGGAUCACAUGGUUCCGUCUGCGCUGCAGCAGUACGUGGACUGGCUGAUGGAGGCGUUCUGCAAGCCACAGCUGGAGAACUGUCUGGACUUCAGCACCCGCAGACAGAAAGGAAACCAAGAUUCUAGACUAGAGAGUGACAGCUGUGUUGCCAGGUUUCGUAAAUGGAUCAUUCCACGCCUCACUUUCAUUGUGGAAAACCAUCAGAUUAAGAAGCAGGAGGAUCUCGUCAUGAAAGUGGCUAGGUUUAUUUUCUUCCACGGCUUCUUUAAUGUCAAGAAACCCACUCCAGAAAUCCCUGAGACUGCGCAAGCUCUCUCAGUGCCCAUAGAUCAACAAACACGAGCCACCCUCACUGGAGCCUUCUAUGGUCUUCUGCAGGGCCUGAACACAAUGACUGUUUUAGGAGAUUCACCUGAGGAGGAGGGGGUGAACUCCAGGAGGAUUCUGGGUGUUAAAGCUGACGGAACCAUGUGGAUUUACUGUCUGGUGCAGUACGCCGCCAUGCUGCUCAACCAGAGCAAAUGCGUUCAGAGCAUUCAGACCUUCAGUUCAGAGCAGAGACAGGGCUGGGACAGUAUGCUGGAAUCAGUGGAGGCCUUGAGGAAAAAAGCAAAGAAGUCGUCUUCACCUAAACACACAGCGUUCCAGCACCUCUUUCUUCUCGUUGGGAUUCAGAUGUUCAAGGCUCCAGAAGAAAGUUUGGAACUGUUGAAUGAUUUGCGGACUUGCAUGGAGAAAGCUGAAGCUAAAAAAUCCAAAAAGAAGAAAGCGACUGGCAAGAGCUCAGAUGAGGAGCCGCACUGGGUGGAGGUAGUUGUUGAGAUCCUGUUAUCGCUCCUGUCUCAGCCCAGUCGACUCAUUCGUAGUGUGUGUAACACUGUGUUUGGCCGUAUCUGCCCUCAUCUCACUCAAGCAGCUCUCGGCUCCAUCCUGAACGUUCUGGACCCCAACAAGGAUGAAGAUGAAAGUGGUGUUAUGGUGACUGAUGAGAAGGAGAAAAAGACAAAACAAAAAGAGGAGGAAGAGCAAGAUGAUGAAGAAGAGGAUGAGGAGGAUGAAGAGGGUUCUGAUUCCUCAGAUGAUGAUGAUGAUGAUGAUGAUGAUGAGGAGGAGGAGGAGGAUGAAGCCAUGGAGGAAGGAGGAGAGGUUGAUCAGAAAUUCCGUUUGGAGUUGAUGAAGGUUCUGCAGGGUCAGAAUGCUUUGGCCACUAAAGAGGAUGGCAGUGAUGAAGAGGAGCUUGAUGAUGCGGCUAUGAUGAAGCUAGACGGAAGCCUGGCUUCUCUCUUUCUGGAGCAGAAGAAAAGGAUUCAGGCCAAGAAAGACGAGAAGAACAGAAUCAGCAAGGAAAAAGUCCUUGUGCGGGACUUCAAGAUUAAAGUACUGGACAUGGUGGAGAUGUUCUUGAACAAACAGGGGAACAGUGCUUUGGUUCUUGGGAUGGUGGAGCCGCUGCUUAGUGUGAUCGAGAACGGGAUGAGCUCUGAAACCAGCCAACAGGAACAGGACUACCUGCGCAAGGCCGCAGACAUCUUCAAGAACCGGCUCUGUCGCGGCAAGUAUUACUGCAGGGAAGUUGAUGGACGAGAGGCAGAGCUUCAUGAAAUGUUUGAGCGUCUGAUUGGUCGAGCCCAGAAACUGCCAGACUCGUCUUUGUCUCUGUACUACUUCAGUGCUGCUCUCUACAUGCUGAAGGUGUUAAAAGGCGCUGUGAACGAACAGGACUCUGCAAACGCACCCUCAGAGGCAAAGCUUAUGGGUAAAGUGGAUGUUGAGAGAGUCACAACUUGCUUCAGGGACGCACUGACGUCUUUCAUGACAAGAAGGAAAAGCCCUCUCACUGGAGCCAUGUUCAUUGACCUCUUCAGCAGGUUCCCUGUGUUUUGUGUGAACCUGUUGGACACAGCUGUGGAGAACAUCACAGGAGGACGGAGGGAACAUCAGCAGGGUCAGGCAUGUGCCAUGGUGCUUAAGGCCCUGCAGUCUAAAGAUGUGAAGAGCCUGAUGUCUGAUGUUCAGAGAACUGAGCUGCAUCAGAAAGUUGUGGAUCAGCUCACAAAGAGUUUUGAAAAUGUGCAGUGUAAGAACAAAACGGUUCAUGACAAGAUGGUGAAGGCGCUGGAGCUCUGUCAGUACCUUGUUAAAACAGUUCACAGUCAGAAAAUGCAAGUUAACUUGGAGCUCCUUCAGAAUAUUCUCAAGUCCAUGAACGCGGAAGGAACCCUGCAGAAACCAGGAAGGCUGGAGGACACUUACUGGAGCGUGAUGAAAUUAUUUGGCGUUCUAAAACCACAGAUUGAAAAGGUGAAGAAAGUUGUAGAGGCAAAGCAGACAGAAGAGACCACAAAGAAGAAGAAGGGCUUCCUUCCUGAGACGAAGAAACGCAAGAACCGCAAGAAGCCCACGGUGCUGGAGGGACAAGAGACGCCAGCCUCCACAAAAACCCCUGAAGGAGCGUCAGGAGAGGUGGGAAAGAAGAAGAAGAAGAAAAACAAGAAAAGGAAACAUCAAGGAGGAGAAGAAACACAAGAUCAGCCGGCCACUAAGAAAACCAAAACACAACCGCAACAAAAGAAGAAAAAAAAAGGAGGGCAGCAGGGAGAUGAUGGGAAUUAAUUGGACAAUAAAGUGAUGUAACUGUGAUGAAUACAGGACUGAUUACAGAAGUUAUUCUGUAGAUGGUUGCCGUUUGUCCUAUGCAGCCCCAAACUUUGGGCCUGAUCAUAUUUCAGUUCAUUUAAUGAACAGCUCGAGAUCGGAUGUUCUGUUCAGAGAAAUCAGCCAGUGUGAAGAGAGAAACUGUUAUUGUUUCAGUUAUCUGUAUUAUUUGCCUGUUUGUGAUUACUUGCAUGAUAAGUUUUGUAAAAGCAAUACAUGAAAUACUAAAAGGUAUUUUGUUCUUUA